AGUGUCUUCUGGCGCGCAAACACCUGAAGCUUAUCGACUCGAUAAGUCGAUGACUAUCGCGAGUCUUCGAGUUGAUUAUAUACGUUUCGUUGUUUAAACAAACAAAACUAACAUUGAACUUUUAAUAGCGCAUCUUUAUAAAUGUGACUUUGACAGUUCUUGUUUAGGAAAUUUUUUUAAUCAAACAGAGUGCGCUGCGUGUCAUCAUUAAAAACAAAAAAAAAAAAGUAACGAACAAAUAAGUAAACCUUGUGGCAAUUCAUAAUGAAGAUUAGAAUCAAAUAGAAAAAAAAAAUGAUUGAAGCAUUCGCCAAUCAUUUAAGCAGUCAUUUGGGACGUCAUUUAUUCUAUUGGGCCACAGGUCAAUCGGAUAUAACGCAACUUGGCCAACAGUGUGUAGAAUUGAUUAACAAAUUCCAUGGACCACUUGAACGUGGCGUUCAAGUAUUUGAUCAUUUUUUAACACUGGACGAAGAAGAUUUCAAUGUGCACUGGGGUAGUGCGUAUACCCAUAACUAUCAUGAGCCACCACUAUCGUCGACACCAGCGCCGCCAACUAGCAGUGAUGGGAAUCAUGAAAACCUGCAAAUGAUACGUGCUAGUAAUAAUAAUAACAUAAUAAUGGCCAGUAGCCGAAGGAAUAGCAACAAUAGAAAUAUUUGCAAUAACGACAAUCGAGGCAUACCAAAUAGUUACAAUAAUAUGGAAACAAUCAACAAUGGAGGGCUAUUAUUAUCGCCUCCGCAUAAUUCUGCAACACAUCAGCCGCAGCAACAACAACAACCACCACAACAGCAGCAACAACAACAACAGCAACAACAACAACAGCAGCAACAUCAUCAGCAGCGUGAUAAUAUACAAAUCACACAACCAAUUAGUGUCCCAUCAUCACCGUUGGCAUCGCCUGGUGCCAUAAGCAGUUCACCAUCAUUUUGUCUUCCAUCAAGUAAUGGAUCAUCCAAUGCAGUUGAUACAGCCGAUCCAAAUUGGCAAGCAACCAAAGCAACUGUACUCGAACGUAAUGCUGCCAUGUUCAAUAAUGAGUUAAUGUCUGAUGUUAAAUUUGUUGUUGGAUCUGAUGGUGAUAAUAUUCAAACAAUUCCUGCACAUAAAUAUAUCCUCGCAACUGGUAGUUCAGUAUUUUAUGCAAUGUUUUAUGGAGGAUUAGCAGAAAAUAAACAGGAAAUCAAAGUGCCCGAUGUUGAACCAUCAGCUUUUCUUACAUUGUUAAGAUAUUUGUAUUGUGAUGAAAUUCAAUUGGAACCUGAUAAUAUACUGGCAACUUUAUAUGCUGCCAAAAAAUAUAUUGUACCGCAUUUAGCAAGAGCUUGUGUUAAUUAUUUGGAAGUUAGUUUGACGGCAAAAAACGCCUGUCUACUUCUCAGUCAAUCCCGUCUAUUCGAGGAGCCAGAACUGAUGCAGAGAUGCUGGGAAGUUAUAGACGCUCAGGCGGAAAUGGCUAUUAAAUCUGAAGGCUUCGUAGAUAUCGAUUUGAAAACAUUCGAAUCGAUUCUAUCUCGAGAAACGCUGAACUGCAAAGAGAUACAUCUCUUUGAAGCAGCUCUCAAUUGGGCAUUGAAUGCAUGUCAAAAAAUGGAAAUCGACACAACACCACAAAAUAAAAGAAAUGUCCUAGGACCAGCUUUGCAUUUAAUUCGCAUUCCCACAAUGACUUUGGAAGAAUUUGCCAAUGGCGUUGCUCAAACUGGUAUUUUAACUUCACCCGAAACAAUUGAUAUAUUUUUACAUUUUACUGCAAAUGCCAAACCAAGUCUAAACUAUCCGACAAAAUGUCGUGCUGGACUGAAGACUCAGGUUUGUCAUCGUUUUCAAUCGUGUGCUUAUCGUUCAAAUCAAUGGCGCUAUCGUGGACGUUGUGAUUCUAUUCAAUUUUCGGUGGAUAGACGAAUUUUUAUUGUUGGUUUUGGUCUGUAUGGAUCAUCGACUGGUGCAGCAAAUUAUAGUGUUAAAAUUGAAUUGAAACGACUUGGAAGGACUUUAGCUGAGAAUGAUACGAAAUUUUUUUCAGACGGAUCGAGUAAUACUUUUCAUGUAUUUUUUGCAAAUCCCAUUCAAAUUGAACCUGAAUGCUAUUAUACUGCUUCUGUGAUUCUUGAUGGCAAUGAAUUGAGUUUUUUCGGGCAAGAAGGUAUGUCUGAGGUGUGCAUGGGUAAUGUGACAUUUCAAUUUCAAUGUUCAUCGGAAAGUACAAAUGGAACAGGUGUGCAAGGUGGACAAAUACCAGAAUUGAUAUUUUAUGGGCCAACGACCAAUUCGCCGAUGAAUAGCCCAACUAAUUCACAUUGUACAACACCAUCGGCUAAUUUAGAUGAGGGUGGUGCAGUGACUACAAAUUAAUUUUUUUUUAAUUUGGAAAAAUUAAUUUGUGGUUAAAUUCAUUUAAUUAAUUAUGAAAGAACAAAAGACUCGAAUAAGUUUUGAUUUUCUUAUUUUUUAUAUAAAAAAAAAAUAUUUUAUACUAUGUAUGGAUUUAUUUUUUUUUUUUUUAAUAAUUUUUGCUUGUUUUAUCCAAAAUAUUUAAAAAUAUGUAUUGACUUUGUAUUAGCGAUGCACAUUAUCUUAGAACUUAGGAGACUCGCUUUUUUUAUAAAAUAUAAUAAAUAUGUAUUCUUUUAUUUUGUGGGUUAUAUCCAGGAAUUUGAAAUGAAAAAUAUUAUUUUUAAGAUUAUAUUUUUUGUUUUGGUGCAAAAAAAUAAAAGUUAUUAUGAAAAUAGCGACACUUGAGUUGAAAUUCGGUUCAUUUCAAAUAUUUUCAAUAGAAUCGACGAGAAUCAAAAGUUAUUAAAAUUAAUUUCACGAAAAGCUUAUAAAACAACAAAAUAAAGUUUAUAAUGUUAAAUGAAGUCUAAAAAAAAGUUUUUGCUGAAUUUUACUUGACUAGUUAGUUUUGAUUGGUUUAUUUUGGAUGUAAAUUUGGUUUUUUUUUUUGGUGAUGUACAUAAUUGUUGACAAAGCACCUGAUUUUAAUUUUGGGAACAGGAAAAAUAGUCAUUUGGUGCCCAAUCGGGACCGUAAGAUGCCUGACCUAUCUAUUUGAUCUUUCGAGUGAUCAUUUUUUCAGAUCACUCUUUUUGCAUCACAACUUUUUUCAUGGAAAGAAAACACUAGCAUCACUGCGUUAAUGAAUUCAGCCAUUGAAUAGAUGUGGAGAAGUUGCACUGCAAUCUUAAGAUGAUUUUAUUGCUUUUAGUGUGGAUUGGCUAUCUGACAUGCAAUGAUUUGGUUUUUAUAUUUUCUUUCGAGAUUUCGCUCUGCACAUUUGUCUAAAGCGUUUAUGCUUGAAAACUGCUCUAUUGGAAUAAAAAGUUUGAUGCUAGGGCAAAAUAUUCCUGCGUUUGCAUUAAAUCCUAGAAUGCAGCUAGCUUCCAUACAAAAUUUAAUCGUACAUUUACCCGGGAUAAAAUUUAUUGAAGAAUAUCAACCGAUUUUUGCGCAGAUUAAGCUAGAAAAUCACACAUAUUUCCAACUGUACAUUUUUUAUUCAUCACAAUUUAACGGACAAAAAAUAAGUCAAGAAAAACUGAGAAAAAAAUGUCUGCUACAAUUUAGCGUGAUCUACGUACUAGGCUUUAGAGUGUAGUUCGUGGAUUAACUUACUCACUCUACUUUUCUUAAUUCUUGAUCAUACAAUCUCUUAGAAAGACAAAGGGGUUUUCAAUGGCAACGACUGUUUUAUUGCGAUCGUUGAGCUUUGAGGACCACAGUUAGCAAAAAUAAGCAAUGGUGAAUGGUUUGAAAUGAACAAAAUUUUGUGUGUUGCCACCAAACUUAGAGGUUGGAGUUAACCAACCAGAGAUACCAGAAGUAUCUCUGAUUUACAAAAAGUGGGACUUAGUUCCCUCUACUUAACUGGCCUCCAGUGUGCCAUUAAUAUAGCUGGAAAGUAGGAAUAGUUAGGGUUCAAUAGGAAACAUUAAAAUAAAAGGCGAAGUAAGGAGAAGAAUCAAUUUCGGGUUCAAUCCUACUUCCAAACCUCGGCCUUCACGGCAAAGAUUCUAAUAAAUUUCGUUAUGUAUGAAAUAUUACAUAACAGUCAUUUACGGGGACCAAUCCGAUAAUCAAACUCCUUUUUUAGUGGUGUUUUGUCGCUUUAUGUUCAAUUAAUCUGAAAAACUUCUACCAUCGAGCUGGGUUUUGAACAAGCAACCUAGCGAUUGAGAGGCCUUUUCCUUUUGUUAAUAAAGAGACCCAGUGUUAUUUUUUUUCUACCCUUAAGACAUAGUCCUUAAUUCAAGUAUUGACAAUAUAUAAGACAAAUGUUCGAUAGCAUUCGAGAGGAAUUUUCUUUUCGCUAAAUAUAAUUUUAUCAUUUUUGUACGGGACUACUUUGACUCUGCUAUGAUAAAUAUCAUAAGAAUUACCAUCAUAACGAGUACUCAGAGAAGAGAAGUUAGAGCAAAACUUUAAGAGUUCUUCAAUAUUUAAAAAGACCAAAAGGUUUCUUUAAAACACUGUACACAUGAGUGCCAACGAAUGAAUAAAUAAACGAACAAAUUAAAUUAAAUGCAUUUCUUAAACUCCUUUUUCACAAAAAAUGCCCUAAAUGGUAGGAAACUCAGGUUAAAAAUCCUCAUUUUAAUUUCUAAGUAAAGUCUGUCAGAGGCCUGUCCCUUUUAAAACGUUUAUCACGAGUUGUCAAAGAGUUAUUGGCAUUGGGAUGUGAACCAUUCCAAGUGCUUAACCGAAUGAACUAUUCCAAGUUUGAAUGUACUGAGGUUUUGAUACGUCACAUGAUACAAUCGAGAUAUUGGUAGCAUUUUAUUAAAUCAAAGGUUUUCAAAAGAAAACUGUAGAUUGAACGAAAUUAGAAAUUGCCAAACAAUAAUUUAACUUUGAUUUUUUUGCACCAAAGAACAGAAAUUUGUUUUGCUAAUUUUUGUUUGUUCUUAAAACUCUUGAAAGGCAAUCAAACAUAAAAAUUCUAAAUGAAAAAAAAAAAAAAAAAUACGCAAAAAUUAA